AUGGUUCCUGUUAAUUCGUAUCAAAAACAAAAACAAAAAUAUGAACGAAAUAUAACAAGAUCAUACACAAAAAAUCCACAUAAUAAUAACAAUGAAUUAGAAACGAAUGAUGUAAAUAGAUCAAUGAAAAUUCCACGUAGAAUGAAAACAUUAACGACUGCAACACUUUAUGAGCGUGAAACGCCCUAUCCACAUGAUAUUACUGAACGAGAAAGAAAAAUGAAUGCCAAACGUUUUCUAACAGCUAACAAAGAAUAUUAA